CAUGUCUGUGACUGCAGGAGAUGAGAUGUGGUCUUGUGUCUCUGUGGCCUUUAAUGUUUCCAAGUACUGACCUCUGCUUCCUCUUCCCACCUCUAAACUACUGUUGUUAAAUCGAGCUGCUUAGUAAGACUUUUCACACUUCUCAUCUGAAGCUCAUCACUAAGAGUAAAUAUUUCAGACGUUUGAGUGAAAGAGGAGGAAUUUAUCUGAAAGCUGCCUACUGAGCCAACAGAGGCUGAACAGUGAGGAGACAUGGACGCUGUGGUUGGAUUGUUCCUGUUGCUGCUCGGAGUCUCUCACGGUGUGGAAACCUCCUGUGAUGGCAGACAGAAUGGAACUCAGUGUUAUGGAGCUUUGGGGGGAACUGUGGUUCUCCAGCUGAUGGACAACGCCUCAGGAAUAUUUCAGUACCAAUGGAAACACAAUAAAACACAUAUACUCAUUUGGAAAGAGAAUAAAUUGGUGUAUAAUCAGAUAGAAAACAGAUCCAUCUUUACUCCCAGUAAUGGAACAUUUAGGAUCAAUAACCUGAGCAGGACUGACAGUGGUGAAUAUAAACUUGAAAUACAUGAUUCAGCUGGACGUAUAUCAGAGCAGAGGACUCUACAGCUGUCCAUUCAAGCUCCUGUGUCCUCUGUCCGGCUGGUCUCUGAGUGUCUGUCCCCGGGAAAGAUAAGGGUGUCCUGCUCCCCUGAAGGAGGGGACAGUCCUCAGUACAGCUGGACUCUGAAUGGACACACACUGACAGAUGCUGAGCUCCUCUCUGGAAACAAUGAGACUAACAGCAUCACUCUGAAACCAAACAUCUCAGGACGUCUGAACUGCUCAGUCAGGAAUCACGUCAGUAGUGUCUCCAGUGCAGAGGAGAUAUCUACCUGUGAUCACUCUCUGCUCAUAUGUGGCUUCCUGUCAGCAGUGGCUGUUCUUUCGCUGGUUGGGAUUGGCAUCUUUUUUUAUUUGAAGAAGAAGAAACAUGAGAAAGCUGAGAUGUCGGCCACAGCUCGACGGAGGGAGUACUCAGAGAACACGUUUCAGAUGGUUGAAGUGAGGAGUUCAUCUGAUCAUUAACUUUUUCCAGAUUUCUCCUGUAAAUAUAUUGGCAGUUUAUCAACUCAGCAUAAAUAGCAAGUGAAAGUGUUGCAGAUUAAAUUUACCUCUAUUUUUCUCUUGAAAAGUGGAGACCUGUCACAUCAGUGGUUGUUGAAUAAUAAAAGUAAAAUCAUGACACCUCUUAUAGAGAAUGUAUGAAAAUGGAAAGACUUGUUGUGACUGCUUGAACAAACACAGAAAAUGAUAAGUGGACUGCUGAUUCUGAUAAUCUCACUGUUGUCAGAAGACAUUUGUUGCAUCUUUACAUAUUAUGUGGACAAGGUUCAGUGUUUUCUUUGUUCUCAUAACAGACAAAUUCAAUUACAGUACAAUCAAAGACCAAAUGCAGUGAUAAUAUAAACUUUUAGGUGUAAAAAUCAAUUUAUUGUGAGGCAAGGUGUGACACUGUAAAUAAAGUUUGUA